AGCAUCUCGUGCACAGACGAUUACAAAACUCACUGACGAAGUAAAUUUCCGGGUAAUUUUCGAUGAGAACUUUGCUGUCAAUCGCCCUUUGUAUUGUUGGUGCACAGGCAUGGUGGACGGAAUUCGAGCUGGCUGGCGUGGACAAUUCAAAGGAAGGAAUAUUUAAAUCAGAUCUGAAAGUUACGCGAUUCAAUAGAACGACAUACACGUUGCAUGGCAAUCUGCAAUUCACCGACAAUAUGGAGCAGAAUUAUGACUGCGAGGCUAAAAGUUUCUACAGCCGACAAGGCAAUAAUCAGUUCACUCUUUUGCCGUACAAAAUUAAACGAGACAAUUGUUGUCAAUUCUUCGAUUCAGGCUACUUUCGAUUAAUGGAAAAAGAGCUGGUGGGGUAUUCGAAUCUACCGAAACGAGAGAAAGGCGUUUUUCUUUGUUAUACGUAUAAGAAGGGAGUCUAUACGCUCAAACCUGAUCCGGUCGACAAAAAUAUAUUCGUUAAAUACGUUGAUCCUGGCACGUACAGAGCAGAUAUAAUCCUUUACAGUAAAGGAUCUGCGAAAAUUUCGUCAAUAAUUAGCAUCUAUUUGAAAUUGUACUAAAAAUCGUAGAGAAAUUGAACGCAAAAGCCCCAGAAUAUAUCAAAUUAUUGGAAUAAAA